AUGAAUAUUCGGUUUGAAUUUGAGAAUAUUGAUGAAAUUAAUGGCAGAAAUAGUAAUCCGUUUGAAUCAAUGGAUACUAUAAUAGAAGCAGAAGAUAAAGAACAGACGGAUGGGAAGUCGGGAGCGGACGAGUCGGUCGAGUGUCCGAUCUGUUGGUCUGCAAUAGAGAACAAAUGCCAAACCGAUGGAUGCGGUCAUCAGUUUUGUCUCAAAUGUCUGCUCGAGUGGACCCGAAGUCAUAUGAAAUGUCCGGUUUGUCGACAAGACUUUCAAGUGAUUCGACACUCAUUCAGAUCUGCGGAAGACUUUGACAUUAUAUCGCUUCCAUCGCUGGCACUCAUGAGACAAAUCGCUGCCAGAAUCGAGACCGAGAAGAGACGGAUCGAGCGAUUGAAGAGGGAGUUGACUAAAGCUGAGUGCCGACGGGUGCUAUCGGUCGAGACGCUGGACAUGUUGUCCAAUGUGAGCGCCAACACCAUCAUUCAACGCUCACAACUCGAUGGAGUGUUGGCUAUAGUGUUGAUGAGAUCGCUUGGAUGCAAAACCAGUGGAACACUAUUGACCAAUUGGGCCGUCAAAUACAGGCCAACGAACACGGGCUCAGUGACGGUCCAGUCAUCGGUGAGGGAAUGGCCACCGCUGAAGACAACCACAGUGGAAGCACCGCUUCAACUAUAUGACCACACGUGGGAUGACUGUCCGCAACAGUCCAUCGGCGACACCAAUGGCCUCGAGUCGGAUCCGUCGACGCCGGCCGACGAACACAUGGACUCCGAUUGCGACGAAGCCAUCGAUAACCGCAAUACGUAUGACAACAGGCCGUCCGCAACACUCCGGAUGAACGGCGACAUCAAUGAUAAUAACGACACGUCAGACGUGGAGCUGAUGAUCGACGAGACCACUGGUCUGACCGAUAUUGAGCUCAACCUCGACCUAAACCCUCCGCAAGAGGUCGUCGACCGCAACGAUGGCGUCGAGACGGAUGAGAGGUCUGCGAUGACCGCCGACGGCGACUCCCCUAUGGUUGACAUGUCGCGCGAACAUAAGACAGACAUCGCUGAGACGGACGAUAUGCUGCGGUUGUAUGUCUUUGUUAAGCGUGUGGAUGAGAUUCGCGUUAAGUUCGCCGAAGACGUGAUUGAGUUCCGCUACACAGUCGUCGGUGACCCCAAUAACACAUGGCAUCUCUGGCGGCGGACUCUUUACGGAACAGUAAUCCCGUCUGAAUGUGAUUUCGUUGUAUCGAUUGUGAAGAUUGAAUUUAGGCUCAAGAAGAAGGAAUGUUUGCAGUUUCGUUGGAACCGUUUCGACAAAGAGGAGCCCAACGCGUGGUAUAUGUCAAAGCAUGCGAACGAUGUGAAGCCGUUAUCACCCAAAUCGGACGCAAUCCAGCAGUGGAUCAACACCAGCGCCAAUCAUGUGUCCAAAGUGGCCGACGAGACCUCAUCGCACGGCAAAGAGAUAGUUCUGGUGCCCAACGAUAACAAUAACGCGGCCACCGCUCAGACCCCUCCGCGCAAAGUGCGGCCCAAAGCCGUCGGUUACACGGGUUUACAGAAUUUAGGCAACACUUGUUUUAUGAAUUCUGUCGUUCAGUGCCUUUCAAACACCGACCCCUUUCGGGACUACUUUACAUCGGGUAGUUAUGUGCCGGACAUCAAUACGACCAACGCGUUCGGCUCGGGAGGCGUUAUCUGUCGGACGUUCGCCGAUCUGAUGCGACAGCUGUGGUCGGGAACGGAGACAUCGGUGGCGCCCGUGAAGCUGAAGGAACGGAUGGGCGAAAAGUGUUCGACAUUUUCGAGUUACAUGCAACAGGACGCCCAAGAGUUCUGCGCCUUUCUCUUGGAUGUGCUCCACGAAGACCUCAACCGACGCCGCGAACGGCCCGUCAUUAAGGAUGAGAAGGACGGCGACGACGAGUCCGACGAACCCAUCGACGACCAGACGCUGGCCGACCAGUCGUGGCACACGUUUGGCCUUUUGAACGACUCGAUAGUAACGCAACAAUUUUACGGCCAAUACAAGUCCAAACUCGUGUGUCCCAUAUGUGCUAAAGUUUCGGUCACAUUUGAUCCAUUUGUCUAUCUGUCCCUUCCGUUACCGAAACCGAAAGUCGAAUAUGAGGUGUAUUUCUUCAAACGAGACGCAAACGGAAUGUCGACUUCGAGGCCAACGAAGUAUUUGCUUAAAUUGCCGAAAGACUGUGUCGUGAAGAACAUGUUGGACGAGAUCUCAACGCUUACUGGAGUCGAGGCCUCAGCUUUACGAUGUCUUCAAUGCCUAAACUCGGGUUCCAUCGAGAAGUUUCUUCAGCCAAACUGGACGCUCAAUAAGCCUGAGGUCAACAAAUAUCUACUAAUUUUUGAACUAAUGGUAGCGACGGAACCGAACGAAGAGAUAAUGGAGUACGUAGUGAUCCAGCGAUUAGCGGAACCCCCGAAGAGCGACACCUGUGCUAAUUGUGACAAAAACAGCGGUUGGGAUAACGUAGAGCUCAAGGCGUGCCUCACUUGCCAUCGGGUCUCCUAUUGUGAUAAAACGUGUCAACAGAAUCAUUGGCCGUCGCAUAAGAAGGAUUGCGUGUAUAGGCCUGAGAUAACGGCCACGCCGUUCAUCAUAACGGUUCCCAAAUCGCAGCUCACGUACCGACAGCUGUGGACAAUCAUCUACUCUUACGCCAGGCAUUCGAUGCAAUUGUCGGAGCCGUUGAAUCUGAAUGAGUUCCCGACUCCGCCGCCAUUCAAACUGAAGUUCUAUCAGAAUUGGAACAAAGAGGACACCGAAAACACGAUCGAACCCACCGAUGAUGACGGUUACGACACACACCUCACGCUAAACCACUAUCACAUUGCCAUGGAUUGGACUAAUUCUCGCAAAUUUGGCGAUAAUUGGGCGAAAGUGGAGCCACUGAUGGGUCUCUGCGCUAUCACUGAUCACAAGCACACCAAUAGUCACACUAAAGAAGUGGUGGAUUUGACCGACUGUCUGCGGCUUCACACACAGCCCGAGAAACUUACUUCAGAUAAUCCAUGGUAUUGUCCGAAGUGUAAAGAGAGCCAACAGGCGACCAAACAGAUCACUUUAUGGCGUUUACCGCAAAUACUGGUGAUUCAGUUGAAACGAUUCAGUUUUCGGAACAUUCUCUGGCGAGAGAAACUCGAUUCGAUGGUCCGCUACCCCAUCCACGGCCUCGAUAUGAGCCAAUACUACGUCCGCACCGAUAAUAAUCCAGACUUUCGGCCCGUUUACGACCUCUACGGAGUGGUCAACCAUUACGGCGGUCUGUUUGGCGGCCAUUACACGGCGUACGCCAAGACAAGUGAUAAUUACAAGAAUAUAGGUUGGCGUUGUUUUGAUGACUCGCGGGUCGAGUCCGUGGAUGAGGACACAGUGGUCACUAAAAGCGCAUAUAUGCUAUUCUAUAAACUACGGGACUCUAAUUGAUAUACAAUUUAGAUAA